AUGGAUGUGAAGAAUGUUUUUCUUCCUGAUGAUCUCCAAGAAGAGAUUUACAUGAAGCUUCCCUCUGGUAUGACUAAUUCUUCUCCUCAUGAUGUUUGUAAGGUAAAACGUUCUUUGUAUGGGCUCAAGCAGGCGUCCCGGGCUUGGUUUGAGAAGUUUCGCAGAUUGGAAUUUCAUCAUCGGGCUAGUGGUAUUUUCGUGAACCAGCAUAAGUAUAUUCAAGACCUUAUCACUUUGGCUGGUUUAGAGGACACUUCUUCUGUUGAUACUCCUAUGGAGGUAAAUGUCAAAUACAAGAAAGAUGAAGGGGACCUUCUGGAUGAUCCUACUCUCUAUCGGCGCCUGGUUGGGAGUCUUAUCUACUUGACCACUACUCAACCUGAUAUCUCUUAUGUUGUUCAUCAGGUCAAUUAG